GGUGUUUGGAUUGAAUUUGAAUUCUAUUAGGACUUCCAGGCCUAUGACUGGACUAAGAGGAGAAAACUAAAACCAGUUUAUUAGCAAAUUUGCCACGUCAUGGUUGAAAGUGGGUCCCACAGAAAAGAGGUUUUACAUUUUCGUUCUAUUUACCACUCUGCGUCCCUCCGCCACAUCACCCUCUCAUUUUCUUUCCCAUUCACAUUCUCUCAUCUCUUUCACUCUGCCACUCUUUCCUAUCCCCACACCAAACAAAAAAAAAUAACAACUAAUGGACCCCACACCCUCCUUCCACCGCCGAUCCUCUUCCUCAUCCUCCCACCGCCUCCUCGGUCGCUACCCCGCCACUGCUGCCGCAUCCCCCUCCCCUGCCGAUGAGCUCAGUGAAGCCGAGCUUUUCUGGGCCGCCGAUUCCUCUGAAUCGGAACCCCAACACCACGUCCCCUCGCCCAAGCCUCGCCUCCGUAACUUCGAUCGCCCCGUCGAUUCUGGAAUCCUUGUUGUGCUCACGGAGCCGGAUUCCCGUGGCGGCGUGUUCCGUGGCAAGUCCCCUGUUCAAACCUCCUCGCGCAUGACGAUUCCGUCGCUGCCGAGGCCGCCGGCCUCCGAUUAUCUCGCGCAGUCUGCGCCUUCCAGAAAAUUCCAGCAAUCGGCGCCCGUCAAGGUUCCUAUUCUGAUUGCGGCCGGUGCCUCCAAGCGCCGCAACGCCGAAGAAUUCGCGCGCGUGAUUGAUGAUGACGACGAUGACGAGGAGAUGCUGCCGCCUCACGAAAUUGUGGCUAGAGGCUCCGGUGUUUCGCCCAAAACUACUUUUUCGGUGUUGGAAGGAGUUGGGAGAACCCUCAAAGGGAGGGAUCUCCGUCAGAAAAGUAGAAUUUAUUACACUGCUCCCGUGAUAAUCAAAUGGUUGAAUGGUGGAUUAAAAUGGAUCACAAGUUGCUUGCAAAAGGAUACUUAAAUUAGUUUAGUGUGAGAAAAGUAUAUUUAGAUUUAGAUAAUACUGAAACUUCCAACACUUAAUAAUAAUAUAUUUGCGCUCACUUUGAGCAUUGUGAUCUAGGUGAACUGUUCUCUAAUAUAAAGUUUAAAUAGCGGGAGCCCCUUUUAAG